AUCACUAUUCACUAUCACCGAUGACAGUGACAUAACCAUUUGUCGUAUUAAUGUCCUUUGCUACUUCAAAAACAAUGUCAAACCCAGUAGUAACAAUUCGAGAAGGCAAGCUACGAGGUGCAGUAAAAGAUUUGCUAGACGGAUCUAAAUACUAUAGUUUCAAAGGAAUCCCGUAUGCUCAACCUCCUGUUGGAAAACUGAGAUUUAAGGCGCCUCUGCCAUUAAAGCCAUGGAAUGGAGUCUUAGAUGCGAUAGAACAUGGUCCAGUGUGUCCUCAAAAUGAUCUCAUAACUCAAGAAAAAAUAGAUGGCAGUGAAAAUUGUCUAUUUCUAAACGUUUAUACCAAAUCCCUGAAACCAGAUUCAAAAAUACCUGUCAUGGUUUUCAUUCACGGCGGUGGUUUUGCAUCAGGGUCUGGAAAUACCGACAUGUACGGUCCGGAGUUUUUAAUCCACCAUGAUGUUGUUCUAGUGACUAUUAACUAUAGAUUGGAAGUAUUCGGAUUUUUAUGUCUCGAUAUUCCAGAAGUGCCGGGAAAUGCUGGUUUAAAAGACCAAGUCGCUGCACUUCAGUGGGUUAAAAAUAAUGCUGGCCAGUUUGGAGGUGAUCCAGAAAAUAUUACGAUUUUUGGAGAAAGUGCCGGCGGAGCGUCAGUCACUUACCAUAUGUUAUCGCCCAUGUCUAAAGGACUGUUUCAUAAGGCUAUAUCUCAAAGUGGAGCAUGCCUAGCUAGUUGGGCACACCAAACAAAUGGCAAAGAAAGAGCUUUCAAAGUUGGUAAACAUUUAGGAAAAGAAACAAACGAUCCAUAUGAACUUCUCGAUUUCCUACAGAGCGUACCGUCUGAUAAACUAAUAUCAAUUGGUUUCCACGUAAGAACAAAAGACGAAAGGCUUAAGGAAAUACCUUUGAUUUUCACACCUGUUGUCGAAAAGUUUUCGAAUUCAGAGGCGUUUCUGACCGAAAAUCCUGUUGACAUAUUAACAGUGGGCAGAUUUAACAAAGUCCCGCUUAUGGCAGGGUAUAAUACCGCAGAAGGGCUAGUAUUUGUAUUGCCUGAAUUGAGAAAACUAGAAAUUAAAAAUAAGUUUCCAUCACACUUUUUACCUCAACAGUUAAUGGAGAGUAUAUCAGAAGAGAAAGCCUUAGAAUUUGGUAGUCGAUUGAAACAAUUCUAUUUUGAUAACGAAGAAAUAACAGAAGAUAGCAUGAAAAUUUUAUCCGACUUAUUGGCAGACCGAUAUAUAAUUUACCCGGUUCAUAGAUUUGUUAAUUUUUAUGCGGAGCAUUGUAAAUCAAUUUUCAUGUACAGAUUUAAUUUAAGCACGAAUUUAAAUUUCUUGAAAACAAUGUUGGGUUUCGAAGCUGAAGAAGGAGCUAGUCACGGUGACGAUAUGUUUUAUAUGUUUAAGAGCAGUUUGACCGAUGAUAAAUUCAAAGAAAACGAGAAACUAAUGGAAUAUGUAAAUUUGAUUACGACACUCUGGACUGAUUUUGCUAAAUAUGGAAAUCCCACUCCAGAUAAUAGAUGGAAUGUAAAAUGGACGCCGUACACAAAAUCGAAUAAAGAGUAUUUUAAUAUAGAUGAAAAGUUGUCUAUGAGAAAAAGUGGUGAACAGGAUCGUAUGGAAUUUUGGGACAAGAUUUACAUUGAGGCGGGACUUCCCGCUAGUAGUAAAAGUAAUUUGUAAAUACACAGGCCGUGACUCGCAUUAAUGCACGAAAUAUGCUCAAACCUUAUUUUCCUAAAAAUAUAAAUCCUAGGUUUAA